AUGGCUUCUCUACCUGAAAUUACCCACGUCAACUUCGAAGAUGCGCAGGAGCAGAGCCGGUUGAAGCGCGAAGCCCUCGAGUUGAAACGGGACAUGAACAACACCAGCUCUCAGGAUGAAUUCGCAAAGUGGGCUAAGCUUAGGCGUCGACAUGAUAAAACCAUGGAUGAGUACGAACAGCUGAACAAAACGCUCAUGGCACAGAAGAGCUCCUUCGACUGGAGUGUCAAGAUCGCCCGGUGGCUUAGUACGAACGGCGUGAAGAUCUUUCUUCAAUUCUGGUACUCGAAGUCGCCCGUUUUUGCGCUCCCAGAAGCGUGGAUCCCCUACUACGUGCAAUGGAUUCUGUCAUUCCCCCGGGCUCCUAUGGGAUCGGUGAGCGUUCAUGUUUGGAACAGUGUGUGCGCGACGGCGGUUUCGGCCACGGCGGAGAUUGUCACUUCGAUGUUUCUGCAGACACCACCUACUCCGGUUGCUACGGCUCAAAAGACGCAAUGA